CUCUUUCUACUUGUGACUGGUACAUACUUGUCUCUGACAGGCUCUGAUACAAAACUAAACUUGCUAUUAUUCAAGCACGUUGGUGAUAAAAAUAAAAUUUAAUUAAUUAUACCAAAUUAAUAUUUCCUCUUAAAAUUUUAAUAAUGGCAAUGACACCAAGAACAAAACAAAAAGUAUCAACAGUGUUAGAAAUUACAAAAACUGUCUUUCACUGGGGUUUCAUACCUACAGUCAUAUAUUUAGGCUUUCGAAAAGGUGCUGAUCCUGGUAUGACACCAUUAACAUUAAUGAGCUUAUUAUGGUAUUAAGAAAAUACAAUUGAUAUAAUUAUCCAAAUUAUAAAAGUUAUUUACGAUUAAUAAAAUAAACAAAUAAAAAAUAA